AUGUUGAAACUGUUUGCUCUGAUCCUAAUAAUUGUUGGUUUGGUGUCAACCCAUGUACUGCCAGACAAUCAUUUGGAAAGCGAUGAACACAUCAAUGAAAAACCUGAUGAGCGAUGUGGCGGUGGUUUCGGUGGCGGAUUCAGAGGUGGUUUUCCCGGCGGAUUCAAUGGUGGUUUUCCUGGCGGUUUUGGUGGCGGAUUCAAUGGUGGAUUCCCCGGAGGUUUCGGUGGUGGCUUUCCCGGUGGAGUAGGAGCCGGUGGYAUACCUGCWUUUGGYUAA